AUGUUUGCUGCGGCCAGCAUCAGCCCAGGUGAUGUCGCCAGCGUGACAAUCGGAACAACACAUUUCGUCAACGCAGUCAUGGAACGGGAUGCCAACCGGCUCUCGAAAGUAGCUGUCAUCCGUCUUUCAGGGCCAUUCGGAAAACACGCACCCCCUUGCGUCGAUUGGCCAGAUGAUAUGCGCGAGCUGAUCCUUGGCUACUACGCUCUAGCUAAGGGCGGUCUGGAAGUCGAUGGAUCUUUGAUCAGCGACAUCGACGAAGGCGAGAUUAGAACCUACUGCAAGGAGAUCAAGGACCGCGGAAUUAAGAGUGUGGUCGUAAACGGUGUCUUUAGUCCUGUUGAUACAAUUGAGCGACAGGAGGAGCGUGCAGCUCAGAUUAUCCGAGACGAGAUUCCUGGCUGCGACGUCGUGUGCUCUAACGAGGUCGCGAAUCUUGGCUUUCUGGAGCGAGAGAACGCAGCAAUCCUUAAUGCGUCAAUCCUAAGCUUCGCACGAAAGACAAUUCAGUCUUUCCAAGAACCAGUGAAGAAACUCGGUCUUGAAUGCCCGGUCUUUAUCACACAAAAUGACGGGACACUUCUUUCUGGAGAGAUGGCCGCCCGCCUCCCUAUCCGGACUUUUUCAAGCGGCCCGACAAAUAGUAUGAGGGGAGCAGCUUUCUUAGUCGGAGAGGGGCUCAACGAGGCCAUCAUGGUCGUUGACAUCGGUGGUACAACUUCAGAUGUUGGGCUUCUUCUAGCAAACGGAUUUCCAAGACAACAAGCGGCGUAUAGUGACUUGGCGGGUGUUCGAAUGAACUUUUCCUACCCUGACGUCAAAAGCAUUGCGCUAGGCGGUGGUUCUAUCGUUAGAAAGGGCGAUACAAUGACCAUUGGACCGGAGAGUGUUGGUUACAAGCUAACCAAGGAAGCUGUGGUAUUUGGUGUCCAGGUUCUCACAACGACAGACUGCAUCGUGUUAUCUGAUCCAAACACGACUGUCGGCAACCGAGACUUAGUAAAUGGUGCUCUCACAGAAGAGGAGUUGAGAAGAUUUAAAUCCAUUGUCAAGUAUAAGCUGGAGAAAGUCAUCGACAUGAUGAAAACAUCACCUGGUGAUGUUCCUGUGCUUCUUGUAGGAGGCGUAGCGAUUAUUGCCCCCGACGUUCUAGAGGGAGCAAGUAAGGUCAUCAAACCCAAGUUUGCUGAGGUUGCCAAUGCCAUCGGGGCGGCAACUGCUCGUGUAAGCGCCGUCAUUGAUACGGUAAAAUCGACAGAAUCAAAAACUACGACACAAUUGCUGGAGGAGAUCUCUGCCGAGGCGACUGAUAGAGCCGUGGCUGCUGGUGCUGUGCCAAAUUCUGUUACCAUCGUUGAGAUUGAAACAAUUCCCUUACAGGCAAGUUUUACAAUUCUACUACCUCCAGUUUCGUUGCAGUCAUCAUUUGUAGUGUGGAAUUACAUCGCUAACAAGUCGAGAUUCAUUGUUCGUGCUGCUGGAGAAUUCGACUACUCCAGGACAGACUUGACCACUGUACCUGCUACUAGCACGGAUGGAAUCGAGCUGGAGAUGAGCGCAUACGAGAAAACGGCCAAGGCAAAGAUUGAAAAAGCAAAAUCUGAGUUUCAGAGCGAAGCCGAUUUACUCGCCUACAAACCGGAGGUCCGUGAACGAGUGUGGUAUAUCAAUGAAACAGACUUGGGUUGGAUCUCGACCGGCUGCUAUAUCCUUGGUACCGGAGGCGGAGGAUCUCCUUAUCCAGACAUGAUUCGUCUUCAUGAUGCUUCAGUGGGCUGUGGCGGUGGAAUGGGCAGCCCUACUGUCGGUAUUGAGAAACUUCCAGGAGAUGAGAUGAUGAAGCGCAGACUGAGCUUUACAAGAUUUGUGAUAAGCGCCCAACACAUUGCACUGGAGAUUGGUGGAGGAAAUGGCUUUCAGGGAAUGAUUCUCGGAGCAAGCCUAAACAUGGAUAUCCCCUGUAUCGAUGGUGACUGGAUGGGCAGAGCUUACCCUGAGAAGAACCAGACAACACCCGUCGUGUUUAACGAGAGGUGUCCAAUCUGGUCUCCCGUUGCAAUGGCAGAUGGAAACGGGAACGUUGUACUUAUUCCUAAGGCAACGUCGGAUCUACAAGUUGAGCGCGUGCUACGGGCUGGAUUGAGUCAGAUGGGUUCGCAGACCGGCUGUGCAGACUCUCCCGUAACGGGAGGCGAGAUGAAGAGGUGGGUUGUUGAACAUGCCAUCUCACAGGCCUGGAGAAUUGGGAGGGCUGUGAGUAGAGCUCGGUUAACCAAUCGGGUCGACAACGUGGCAGAAAUGAUAAUCAAUGACUGCGGAGGGCCCAAAGCAGCCAAGGUCAUUUGGAAAGGCAAAAUCGUCAGUGUUGAACGAACGCUCCGUAUGGGCCACGUUUAUGGAGAGUGUAUCAUUGAAGGUGCCGAUAUUGUCGAGCGGGAUGAUCCAACGCACGAGAGCCAGGCACAAUUCAAGGGUUUCAUCAAGAUUCCCUUCAAGAACGAGAAUAUUGCUGCUGUCCGGAUGGCAUCGGCAGGAGAUAUUUUGCAAACGGAAAAGCAAGAGGACGUUCUGGCCAUUGUACCCGAUUUGAUUUCUGUGAUCGAUGCCCAAAAUGGCGAUGCCAUCGGUACGCCUGAAUAUAGGUACGGCUUGCUUGUUGUUGUUCUUGGAAUCGCAGCCAGCGACAGAUGGACCGGCACUCAGAGAGGCAUUGAGAUUGGUGGACCCAAGGGCUUGGGUAUGCCACAUCUAGAGUAUGAGCCUCUUGGUGCUUUUGUUAAGCCGGUGAGCGUCAUAGACGAGUUCGAUCAAAAAUAG